AUGAAGUGUCUUGUUGCUGUUCUGGUCUGUGUGGUGCUCGCUGAGGGACUUGUGAGGAUCCCUCUGCGGAAGCACAAGUCUAUGCGCGAGGUCCUGAGAGAGAAAGGGAUCGAACUGACUUACCAGGAUCCAGCUCUCAAGUACCAGCCCAAUGAGUUCGCUGGCUCUGCCUACAUGUACAUCAACAACUACGCCGAUACCACCUACUAUGGAGCCAUCACCAUUGGGACACCCCCCCAGUCCUUCGAGGUCCUGUUUGACACUGGCUCUUCCAACCUGUGGGUAAACUCCAUCUACUGUAACACUCAGGCCUGCAACACACACAAAAAGUUCAACCCCCAGCAGUCUUCCACCUUCCGUGGCACUCGUCAGUCCUUCUAUCUUCCCUACGGAGCUGGAAGCCUGUAUGGAGUCUUUGGAUACGACACCGUCAAUGUUGGCGGGAUCGUGAUCAAUAACCAAGAGGUUGGACUGAGCACAGACGAGCCUGGACAGACCUUCGCUGUGGUCAAGUUUAACGGCAUCCUGGGCCUGUCCUACCCCGCAAUCUCAGCUGGUGGAGAGACCCCUGUCAUGGACAACAUGAUGUCUCAAAACCUGCUGGGCAACAACAUAUUUGCUUUCUACCUGUCUAGGGGAGGACAGCAGGGCAGUGAGCUCUCUUUCGGAGGAGUGGACAACAGCUUGUUCCAGGGACAGAUCCACUGGACCCCUGUCACCUCUCAGACCUUCUGGCAGAUCGGCAUUCAAGGAUUCCAGAUCAAUGGUCAAGAGACUGGCUGGUGCUCUCAGGGCUGCCAGUCCGUUGUGGACACUGGAACCUCCACACUGACAGCCCCAGGCCACCUUCUGGGUUACCUCAUGCAGGAAAUUGGAGCCCAGCAGAGCCAGUAUGGAAUGUAUAUGGUGGACUGCAGCCAAGUCAACAACCUGCCUACUCUCACCUUUGUUAUCAGUGGGGUUUCCUUCCCUCUGCCUCCUUCUGCUUACAUCAGCCAGAAUGGAUACAAUGACUGCUCUGUGGCUAUCACCCCCACCUACCUGCCCCCUCGUGACGGCGAGCCCUCUUGGAUCUUUGGAGACGUGUUCCUCAGAGAGUACUACUCCGUCUAUGACCGCACCAACAACCGCGUUGGCUUUGCAACAGCUGCCUAA